GUCACGUUGGAGGAGGGCUUGAAGUUCCUUAUGUUUACAUCCUCUCAACUAGUCACCAGGACCUGUAUAUCGCUCAAAUAAAGUCACUGGAAACCGGUUUAACAAGUAACCACAAUCGGAAUGGCUACUAAAAAGAAGCGCACGCCCAAUUCAAAGAAUAGCAGCUGGGUUGCAAUAACUGCAGAAUCGGCCAUCGGCACAGACAAGGAUGGAGAUCCAGCUUUCUUGACAUUGAGAAAUCCUACAACAGACGCAGCAUCAUUGUACCUGUUCAGCAGCGGCGAUCUGCAGCCGUAUGAGGUCAAAGCUUUUACAGAAGACUGCCACUCCUGGUUAAUCGGACAGACCGUGCAGAGAGAUGGAAGACUUCUCUAUAUAACCCCGAUGGAUCCACUGUAUCUUAUGUUGCCCUAUCUGGUGAAAGCUGCCAAAGAGGGCAAGUUCCAGCCUCUGGAUCAAGUGGUCAUGGAUGAGGAAUUCCCUGCCUGCUCCAGGCUGCUUAGCUGUGCGCGGUCCCUGUCCUCUGUGCACCUCGUUGCAGAGGAAAAAGAGGUUGGGGGCCAGAAGUUUCACAGAUACAGCCAAGAGAAGGCAAUGCAAUGGUUAAGUAAAAAGGUGGAUAGGACGGUGACCGCUCUCAAGAGGAGCAACAUCUCUGUUGGAGAAGGAGUGAAGUCUAGGACCUAUGUCAGGGUGAAGACAGAGUCGGACACAAAUGACGAAGAUUACCUUCGCUACGCCCAUGGCCUCGUAUCAGAGUACAUCGACAAAGACCUGAGCAAAGCCCUGCGCAAGCACCUGCAGUUGCCAGAGCCGACGAGCCCGAAGGAGACAGAGCCUCCUACCAAGAAACGUAAGAUGUCGGAGUUGCCCGUGGAGGCUGGGGAGGACUUCAGCAAAUUCAACAGCUCAGAUUUUGCCCGUAAACCGCCCAAGAAGAUGACUCUGGCUCAGAAAACUCUGGCCAAAGUGGACAAGUCUGGCAUGAAGACAAUGUCCGCCUUCUUCAGCCCCAAGGUGAAGGCGGAGAGGAAGUGAAGGCCACACAGUAUACCCACGGGCCUUCCUGUGUAGGAGGGCCUUGUGUUUUUCUAAGAAAUUAAAAUAAUCUAUAUCUCUAUUUUUUUGCGUUCACUGGGUUGUGUUCAUGCAUCACUGUUGUUUCAGAAUGGGACUUGAUUUCAUUCCUUUGAGAAGGUUUUGAUUUACCGUUUGCGGUCUGAGUUGAAACCAAAGCAAAUGAUGGGUGGAUCAUGUAAAAUAUAUCUGUGACUGGCAGUUGACAGGAUUAUGGUUUCUUGAAGGUAAUCUGUUUAAACUCCAUUGAGCCCGGUCGACUGGAUUCCAUUUAACCUGUAUGACAGUGACACUGCCACACAAGGCCAUUAAUGAAACAGGAACCAAGGAGUAAGAGGUAACUUUAUUUGUCUUCUCAUGGUGUCUAACACACAGGCACUGCUUCCCCAUGAAGCCCUACCUCUCACGUGAGUGUAACCAAAUGGUUGAGCUCAUCUACCCUACAUGAUCGAGGCUUAGCAGUUUUGUUCAGCAUAUUGGCU